AACCCAUUCACCCAUCUACAGUUGAUCAACCUAACCUCUUUUGUUUGCAGUUGGUGAAUUCCAUCGCCAAGACGUAUGUGGGAACUAACGCCUACAUGGCACCGGAGAGGAUAUCUGGGGAGCAGUAUGGUAUCCAUUCAGACGUCUGGAGCGUGGGCAUCUCCUUCAUGGAGUUGGCACUGGGCGCUUUCCCUAUCCACAGAUUCAGAAGAACCAAGGAUCUUUAAUGCCUCUCCAGUUACUGCAAUGCAUCGUUGAUGAGGAGCCUCCUGUUCUUCCUCUGGGUCAGUUCAGCCAGAAGUUUGUCCACUUCAUCACACAGUGCAUGAAGAGACUCCCCAAAGAGAGGCCUGCUCCUACCAACCUUAUGGACCAUGCCUUCAUCUUGCUCUACGACGAUGGCAAUGCGGAGGUGGUGUCCAUGUGGGUGUGUCGCUGCCUAGAGGAGAGGAGAACCCAGGCUCAGGGACAGAUGUGACCCCGUAAACACAGGAGAUCACAGAGAAGUUAAGCGGUCAAGGGUAUCAUGUAGGGCCAGGAUGAUACCCGUAUCUCUAUACUCGUUAAUAUCGUGGCAAAGAAACAAAACACCAAGCGCUUUUAACUUCGUUAGGAAAACAGUCCUGAUGUUGGAAACAAAACAUCAUUAUGAUGUCAUCCAGAGUCACAUGUAUUUAUUUUCUAUCUAUAGCUCACAAUAUUUUACAUACAGCAGGUGUUUAAAGGACUGAAAGAGUUUGGUCUGCUCUGUGUUUUCAUUUUUGCCAUAGAAACAAUAUUGCGAUACUGGUA